UCCCCACUCGGCCAGAGGACGGGACGCGGUGAGGACUUGCUGUGUUGCUCAUUAUACCCCCCCCCGCCCCCACCAUUGCCCUCCUUGUUUAGUUGCCUCUUCAUUAGUUCCUUUGGACGGUCAUCUUAGUCCCAGUCAUGUAUCGGUAUUUCGGGGAGCUGCUGAGCCGCUCCGCGGGCAGUGCCCUGGCCUCGGGUUGCGUUGACUCCGCUCUCCCGGUGUCCUCCUCCCUGAUGCGGGUCCGUCGCUACGCAGACGCGGCGGACAAGCCGGACGACCCCAACUUCUUCCGGAUGGUCGAGGGCUUCUUCGACCGCGGCGCCAGCAUCGUCGAGGACAAGCUGAUCGAGGACCUGAAGACCAGGGAGACCCCCGAGCAGAAGAGGAGCCGUGUGCGUGGCAUCCUGCGCAUCAUCAAGCCCUGCAACCACGUCCUCAGCGUGUCUUUCCCCAUCAAGAGGGACAACGGCGAGUGGGAGGUGGUGGAGGGGUACCGCGCCCAGCACAGCCAGCACAGGACACCCUGCAAAGGGGGUAUCCGCUACAGUAUGGACGUGUCCGUAGACGAGGUCAAAGCCCUGGCCUCCCUGAUGACCUACAAGUGUGCUGUUGUCGAUGUGCCAUUUGGGGGAGCUAAAGCUGGAGUCAAGAUCAACACCAAGAAUUACUCUGAUAAUGAGCUGGAGAAGAUUACCAGGAGAUUCACCAUCGAGCUGGCCAAGAAGGGGUUUAUUGGACCUGGCAUCGACGUCCCGGCUCCAGACAUGAGCACAGGAGAGCGGGAAAUGUCCUGGAUCGCCGACACGUACGCCAACACCAUUGCGCACACUGACAUCAACGCCCACGCGUGUGUGACCGGAAAGCCCAUCAGCCAGGGAGGAAUCCACGGACGGAUCUCAGCCACCGGACGCGGAGUUUUCCACGGCAUCGAGAACUUCAUCAACGAGGCGUCCUACAUGAGCAUGCUGGGCCUGACACCCGGCUUCCAGGACAAGACAUUUGUCAUCCAGGGCUUUGGUAAUGUGGGUCUCCAUUCCAUGAGGUACCUGCACAGGUUUGGGGCAAAGUGUGUCGGGAUCGGUGAGAUUGAUGGAGCCAUUUACAACGCAGAGGGCAUCGACCCCAAACAGCUGGAGGACUACAAACUGCAACACGGCACAAUUGUGGGCUUCCCAGGAGCCAAACCCUACGAAGGGAACAUCUUGGAGGCAGACUGUCACAUCCUGAUCCCCGCUGCCGGAGAAAAGCAGCUCACGCGUGUCAACGCCCCCAGGAUCAAGGCCAAGAUCAUUGCUGAAGGCGCCAAUGGACCCACCACUCCAGAUGCUGACAAGAUCUUCCUGGAGAACAAUGUCAUGGUUAUUCCUGACAUGUACCUGAACGCCGGCGGUGUGACGGUGUCUUAUUUUGAGUGGCUGAAGAAUCUCAACCAUGUCAGCUACGGAAGACUGACCUUCAAAUAUGAGAGGGACUCAAACUACCACCUCCUCAUGUCUGUGCAGGAAAGUUUAGAGAGGAAGUUUGGUAAGCAGGGUGGGCCCAUACCUGUCGUACCUACCGCUGACUUCCAGGCCAGAGUCGCUGGUGCCUCUGAGAAGGAUAUCGUUCACUCUGGUUUGGCCUACACCAUGGAGAGGUCUGCCCGGCAAAUCAUGCGCACAGCAACGAAGUACAACCUGGGCUUGGACCUUCGGACGGCCGCUUAUGUCAACGCAAUCGAGAAGGUCUUCAAAGUCUACAACGAGGCGGGGCUGACCUUCACAUAAAUGGCCAAUGGCGACCCACGAUUCCUCUCCCUCCUGCUAUUGAUCACCCUUUCCUGCCUCUUCCACCCUCUAAACAGCCUUCAGAACAUAUCACUGUUUACCACACACACACACACACACUGCAAAACAUCGCCUAGUAUUUCUCCUGUGAUCUUUGUGCUGUCGUUAUACCAGAUCUGCUUUUCUGUUUAAAAUGUUGCCCUGUUUUGCCUGAGGUUAUAUGGACAGAGUAACUUCUCGUCUCUCCCGCAGCCCUCAUAAACAUUAAUGAUGUUGUUGUAUGGCAGCCAUGUUCAGAGCGCCCAUUGUGUGAUCUCUGAAUACAGCCGCAACCUUCCUGCUGCGAUUUGUUUCAGUUCGAUAGCACUACAGAUGCCUUAAUUCAGGAAAAGGGUCUUUUCUAAAAGGGACAUGGCCAAAUAAAUUGAACAUUCAUUAAAAGGGUGUUUGCGUUAACUUUUUGUGAAUAAAAUAGUGAUUUUGAGUUAGUCAUCAAACUCUUCAGGAGCAGUGGGUAGUAGUGAAGUAGCCAUGGUUAGAGAUUAUAAUACUUUUCCUGCUUUCCCUUUGCGCAUAAUACUAAAAGCUGCUUCUCCCCAAACUCCUCCGCUGGCCAUGAAGGAGGAGCAGGGAGGCGUGAGUUGUCAUGUGAUCGCCCGUCCCUUGGUAGACAUGUUCUCCGUCUCGUCCGUCCAGUUCUUCAACAUUGACACUUUUUUUUUUUUUUUGGAGGAAAUUACUUUUUAUUUUAUUUUUUGAAAAACCAAUAAAAUGUUCCGAAAAACAUGCAGUGUUGCAUCAUUUAUUUUGACGGACUACAGUAUGAAAAAUGUUUUGUCGUUUUCAGGGCUUCCCCAUUAUGACCAUUUUAAUAAUAUACUUAUUUUUAAAUUCAUCCAUUGUAAUUACAUUUUUAAUGCACAUUUAAAUGUAUUCAUGAAAUAUUACUUUUCAUAACGCUUUUCGACUUAAUAUGACUAAUCACUUUGUUUGAUAUACAAUAUUGUAUUGUAGUUUUUUUCUCAAUUGUUAUGAGACACUGCCCCUGCCAAAUAAUUUAAAAUUUUAUAACAAAUUGGUCAUAACUCUUCUAAAUGUUACCUAUGUACUACACCAUUAGACUUUUUCGCCAUUUUAUUUUAUGACCACCAUUACUUUCGACAUGCUUUGACAUUUUAAAAAGUUUUGACAAACCUUGUAAAUUGUAAACACUUGUUUUGUAAAACUUAAAUUCUGUAGUACCGUUUUUAAUCCUUUCCUGUUGGAUGUUUUAAUUGCUGACAAAUGAUCUUUCAUCCAACAAGACAUGAGCAUUCUUUCAUUUACAAUAAAGAUGAGACUAAAAUUUCAAAGUUCAAAAA